AUGAGCGACGACGAGCACGACGUGGAAACGUUCGAAUCCGCCGAUGCGGGCGCCUCGCACACCGUGCCCAUGCAGGCCGGGUCCGUGCGCAAGGGCGGCUUCAUGGUGAUUAAGGGUCGCCCGACCAAGGUGAUCGAGGUCACGACGUCGAAGACGGGGAAGCACGGGCACGCGAAGUGCCACUUCACCGCGCUCGAUAUUUUCACCAACAAAAAGGUUGAAGAACUCGUGCCGUCUUCGCACAACCUUGAAGUGCCGAUCGUGAACCGGGUAGAAUACACUUUGUUGGAUAUUGAUGAGGAUGACCACAUGUCUCUCAUGGAUGAUAAGGGAGACACGCGUGAAGACUUGAAGCUUCCGGGGGGACACGCGGAGGCGGAAAAGUUAGCCGAGGAUUUGCGCACCGCGUUCGACGACGGCAAGGAAGUGCAAGUGACGAUUUUGUGCUCCAUGGGUAUCGAACAAGCUCACGCGAUUAAGGAAGUGAACAACUCUUAA